AUGACCUUCGCGGUGGAUUUCCUGCGCUGCCUGCCUGCCGAGCAGUGGCAGAUGGCAGUUCAAGCGCCGGAGAUCGAUCUGAUGACCUACACCAGCGCCAUCCAGGCGAUGUUUCGGGCCGAGCAGUGGCGAGCAGCCUUCAAGACCUUCAGUGAAAUUCAACGUGACCUUGGCGUGAAUUGA